AUGACUAGUGAUACUGAAUUAAUUAGUAAACUAAAAACCCUUUUGGAGGAUGGAACUGUAGAUCCUGUUACUUUAACCACAAUAAUAGACGAUUACUGUGAACAAAUAAAUAAAGAAAAUAACAUCAAACAAAAAACAAACUUUUUAACUUGUUUAGCUGAACUAUUAGAGAUUAACUAUCUACAAAUCAAUGAAAUUGGUUGGGAUCUACCUAAGAUUUUACUUAAAUUUAUUUGUAAGGAGAAUAUUGCUACUGAUGUUACUCUAAAUGAUGACAAUGAGAAAGAAGCCCAAGAAAAUCAAUUAGAAAUUCAUAAACCUUUAAUUAAUGUAAUUAAAGACUUUUUCAAACUACUUCAGAAGUAUGGUAGUGCCAAAGAAUCUUUAAUUGCUACAUGUGAAUUAAUUAUAUCACUUAACAAAACUGAAGAAUUCGACAAAAUUGAAGAAUCAAAAAUAAACGAAUUAAAAUUAAAAGAAGAAGAAAAAAAUGGUGAACCUGGUGAAAUUAAUGCAUCAAUUAAGAUAAAUGAAGAUUCUGAGUUAAAUGAUUAUGAUAGACUAGAUGUCAUCUCUGAAGAAAUUAUUUUUAUAAAGUUAGAACUUUUAACAGAACUAUUGGAGCAAUCAUUAAUGGGCAUUAAAACAAAUAACCCAUCCAAAUUUUUGGCAAUUGGAGUUUCAGCUUAUGUCAAAUUCAUCACUGCCAAUAGUAAUGAAUUAUCCAAUAUAAAUAAAUUAUUGAAUAUUGUAUAUUCCUUCUGUUCAAAAUUUGUAUUGAUAGAUAAUAAGUCUAAAAAGAUAGAGGAUUCUAAUAAUGAGGAAUUACACAAAAUUGUUGAUGAUGAGAAUAUCUUGGAAAAAAAACUUCUACUGACUUUGCUUUCAUUUGCAGUGGAAAAGGCUUUUAUCAGUGAUACAAUUGAUAUUCCAAUAAACUUGAUCAGAUCUACGGAAAAUUUAACUCCAAAGAAAAUGGUGGAUCAUCUCUGUUUUGAAAAUCCAUUAAUGCUGAUUUUAUUAAACAUAUUGAAAUUAAUGGAAAAUUUAGGAGCAGAUUUUAAUGAAUUAUUUGAAAAUUAUUUGGCAGAAACUAGAGCAAUUUAUAGUACUUUACCCAAUUCUGAAACUGAAGAUGAAUAUGUUGAUAAUGAUUCUGCUAAUCAAGUUAUUUAUCAAUUACCAUACACUUUUUUACUUCAAAAGAUGGAUGAAAGUAAAACUUUAAAUUUACAUUCAAAUGGUGUAUUGAUCUUAUCAACUAUUCUAUUUCUAUCAAAAUGUUCAAUACUGGAUCAAAUUGAAAAGUUAGAUAUCACUGCUGAUGACUUGGUUUGUAUGUAUUUACGUAAUACAACUCCUUCAUUAUUUUCUGCCCUUUUCCAAAAUGAAGGUGCAGAAUCAUGUGUUUAUGUGUGGUUAGCUUCAGGAUUAUAUGUUUGGAAUCAAGUUGAAUUAACUCAACAAUUUAAAGCAGGUAGAAAUUCCAUAAUUCAAGUUUUCUUUCAAUUGUUAUUAAUUAAAAUAAUCAACGAAUCUGAUGAUACAAGUAGAAUGAACUUAUCGAAUGUGUUCCUGGAUUUUGCCUCUGUUGUACCCGAAGAAGUUGCAUUUAAUUUUAUAUUAGAUACUUUAUUGACUUGCCCCUUCCCAAAGGGAAAAAUAUUUUCCCUAAAUGCCCUAAAAGAAUUAAUGUUGAAAGCAAGAUCAAUUAAGCAUAUAGAAAAUGAUUCCCAAAAGAACAUGCCACCUCUACCACCAAGGCCGCAUAUACAAGUUACAGAUGAUCGCAAAGCUUCUAUUCAUAGUUUAGCAAUAAUUGCAAUAGGUAAUGCUUCAAAACCAAAUAAAGAUAAAUUAGAUUUAGUUCUUCUAUUAGAAUAUAUCAAUUUCUUUAUUUCAUUACAGAAAAAAUGGGAUUCAUUUCUGCUUGAUACUAUAUAUGAAGAAUUAAAAGAAAGCUUCCCUGAAACUGCAGUAGAAACAUUCCCUGAGGUUGGAUUCAUCAAAAUAUCUACAGAAAUAUUGGGUAAUAUAGUUAAGAACUAA